CGCUAGGAGGUUUAUUAUGAUUCGGAGGUUGAGCUCAUGUGGUCUCAUCGAGUUAUCGAAAUUUAAAGUUAAAAAUUGAGUUUUAAAUUAUAAUAGAAAACAAUUUGAUUGUGACGACGAGAUGACACCACAUCGCCGCUAAAGCCUUAUUCUAAGGCUUACCGCCGACAUGAGCACGGUAGCGGCACUCUUGGCACGGCAAUGGAGCUCCUGCCAUUCACCCCUUUUACUGAAGUACCCGGUUUAUUUGUCGAAUUCGUUUCUGCAACUGCGUUGUCGAAGCAAGGCCGCAGCAAAAACUAAGCCUGCUGUCAUCAAUGAGACGGACGAUAUUUCCCUCCAAAGUGAGGUGUUGGUACGUCCCGUUCCUUCUAAGGAGCAGGAUCUACCUGCACUUUUCAUCAAACCGAGGGGUCACCUCAUUCUCCAACCAAAGUUCUCACCGCUAGAUAUAAAGGACCAUGCAAAGUUAAUUGCUGCCGUUCUCAAAACACCUCAGGAUCCGGAGCCGAUUCCAGGCAUUCCUAACCACGAAGUCAACUUGUCCGAUUCGGUGACCCCACGAGAUCUCGAAUGGAAUUCGGUGAAGGUGGAUUUGAAAGAUCUACCAAAGCAGUACUUGCGUCUUUCGAAAAUCAGACUUACUGGUCUUGUUGUGAUCACGACUGUGGCUGGCUACAUUUUUGCCCCUGCCCCGUUGGACCCAACAGUUCUUGCCCUGGCGUCGCUGGGUACAGGGCUGAUGUCGGGUGCUGCAAACUCCAUCAACCAGUUUCUGGAGGUGCCAUACGAUGCCCAGAUGUCUCGUACUAAGAGCAGGGUUCUAGUCUUGCAAAGCCUCAGUCCGUUGCAUGCAGUGGGUUUUGCCCUCGGUGCUGGCACGGUGGGGCUAACUACGCUUUAUUUUGGAGUCAAUGGUCUGACAUGUGCGAUUGGUGCAGCCAAUUUGCUCCUUUACACUUGUGUCUACACACCUAUGAAACGGAUAAGCAUUUUAAACACUUGGGUUGGCUCGAUUGUUGGUGCUCUUCCUCCUGUGAUGGGCUGGACAGCCUGCACUGGUGAACUGGAGGUUGGAGCCCUCCUUUUGGCUGGACUCCUGUAUGCCUGGCAGUUUCCUCAUUUUAACGCCCUAUCGUGGAACCUCAGGCCUGACUACUCGAGAGCUGGAUAUCGCAUGAUGUCAGUCACUCACCCAGGUCUGUGCCGACGUGUUGCCUUGAGGUACAGUGUGGCCAUCAUGGCCAUGUCCUGCGCUGCUCCCCUCCUGGACGUCACUACCUGGACGUUUGCAAUUGACAGUGUACCUGUGAACGCCUACUUAGUCUACCUUGCGUGGCGAUUUUACAAAGACUCGGACAGUAAGAGCUCAAGAAAACUUUUCCGAUACUCUUUGAUCCAUCUUCCGAUGCUGCUGAUUUUGCUACUAAUCAGCAAAAAGCACCCGGGCAAUAAGUCGGAAACUUCAAGCCCCAUAGUGACCAGUGCAGCUUGAGUGUGCUUUUUUUAGCUGUUGUAAAUAUUUUACCAAAAUAACUGACCUCUUGAUUAGAUAAUUGUGUCAGUAACAUGGAUCAAGGAAGGGGUUCUUUUUAGAAAUAAUUACGCUGAAAAUGUUAAAGGCAAGUGAUAAUAAAUUUAAUGACCAAACACA